AUGGCUGACGACUCGCAAUCCAAGCACGAGCUUGCAUCUGCCUGGGGCGGAGACAAUCGUCAGGCUUCUAGCAAGGACCCCUACGCAGACGUUCCGCCGGCCAGGUCUGCGCAUGACCCAUACGGGCGGCGGUAUGAUGAUUACUACAGGGACCCCUAUGGGCCCUACGCAUCCUAUCCUGCGUACGAUCCGCGUUACGACCCCUACGGAAGGCACGGCUACCAGGUGCCAGCAUACCCAGGAUAUUAUCCGCCGCCUGGCUACAGCUAUCCACCACCUGCAUAUGGUGCUCCACCUGCGUAUCCUCCACCAGGCGGCUAUCCACCGCCAAGUUACCCGCCGCAGUAUCCUCCGCCGGCCUACCCGCCGGCAGGCUAUGCGCACCCCACGCCAUCUGACAGGGAGCCUUCGCGCAGGAGCCGUUCACCAAGAAGGGGAAAGGGCUCCAAGAAGAACAAGGACCAGGUCCGGGGAAAGAAACAGCGGGACGAAUCUCCCGAUGACAGCGCCGUCAUCAAUGGGGCAGAUAUCAACCUCACCUUGGCAGAGGUGUUCCCGCGGCUUACAAAAGCUGCGAAGGAACAGGAGGGCAGCCGCUUCCUGCAGUGGAAGCUGGCUGGAAACUGCAGUGCAGAAGAAAAGGCCAAGAUUUACAAUCUGGCCAUGGCGGACACGGUGAAAUUGGCAAGCGACGCCUUCGGCAACUUUGUGGUGCAAAAACUCCUUGAGCACGGCACCGCCGAGCAGCUAGAGGUCAUGCUCUCGAAGGUCAAGGGCCAUGUCCUUGAACUUUCUGAGCACAAGUUCGGCUGCCGGGUGAUACAGAAGAUGCUGGAAGUUCUGCCUGCACAGAAGAAGUUUGCGAUUGCUGCCGAGCUUGCGGACACUAUUGUCCAGUGCAUCUACGACAUGCAUGGCAACCACGUGGUCCAGAAGGUUGUGGAAAACCUGAGCACAGACGACAUAGAGUUCGUAAUCUCUGCCAUAGCUGGAAAGGCAGCAGAAAUGGCAGCACACAUGUAUGGCUGCCGCAUCAUUCAGAGGCUCCUGGAGAACUGCGAUGCAGAGCAGCUGGCCUCGGUCCUGGACCCGAUCGUCGCCUCGGCUGGGAAGCUCUCCAAGGACAGCCAUGCGAACUAUGUUAUCCAAUGCGUCCUUGAGAGAGGACGGGAAAAGGACAAGCGGCAAAUUGUUCAGGCAAUAACCAAAAGCUUGCUGGAAUUCUCCAAAAACAAGGUAUCGAGCAAUGUGGUUGAGAAGUGCUUCGAAAUCACUGCAAUCGGCGUCCACGCCGACGAGCUGUCGGAAGAGAGGUCUGCGCUGAUGCAGGCAAUGCUCGGUUCUCCCUCGGACCCGACGGCGCCGAUUGCGAAGCUCAUGAAGGACCGGUUCGGCAAUUACACGGUCCAGCGGAUCAUUGAGUACAGCCGCGGUGCUGACUGGGAGACCCUCUGCCAGCGCCUCGAGGCCUCAGUGCACGACCUCAAGAAGUCCCCAACAGGGCAGUACAUCAUUACAGCUCUGGAGAAGAAGAAGAAGAAGGCUGCAAUGGCAACUGCAUAG